AUGUCUGCCCAGUUGGUAUCCGUUGCUUCUGUUCCUUCCCAGAACGCCAAACCUGUAGACGCGACUCGCAACCUUGCAAAUUUCCACCCUAGCAUCUGGGGCGAUCAGUUCCUCAAAUACACUCCCGACGGCGCCGUAACCCUUGAGCAUAAAGAGCAGCAGAUUGGAGAACUGAAAGAAGAAGUGAGGAAGGAGCUAGUGGCUGCCACUAGCCCUUCUCAGCAGCAGCUGAAGCUCAUUGAUGCAAUCCAGCGCCUAGGCGUUGCUUACCACUUUGAGAACGAGAUAGAAGCAGCAUUAAAGCAUGUGCAUGAGAGCUACCAUAGCUAUCUUGCUGGCAGUGACCUCUAUAACGCUGCUCUUCUGUUUCGGUUACUCAGACAGGAGGGCUUCAAUAUUUCGUGCGAUGUAUUCAACAAGUUCAAAGACGAAGGUGGCAAUUUCAAGGACUGCUUGAAAAGUGACAUUGUGGGCAUGUUGGGCUUAUACGAAGCUGCGCACCUAAGGCAUCAUGGGGAAGCCAUUUUGGAUGAAGCCCUAGCUUUCACUACAAUUCACCUAGAGUCCAUGUCAGCCAACUCAAGUGAUCCACUUGUAGCACAAGUCACUCGUGCUUUGCAUCACCCCAUCCGGUUGAACUUACCCAGGCUAGAAGCCAGGAAUUUCAUGUCCAUUUACCAAGAAGAUAGUUCACAUAACAAAAAGCUGUUGAAGCUUGCAAAGUUGGACUUCAAUUUCCUCCAGUCAGUGCACCGAAAAGAGUUGAGCUAUAUCACAAGGUGGUGGAAGGAUCUGGGCUUGGCUAAAAAGCUACCAUUUGUGCGGGAUAGGGUGGUGGAAGGGUACUUUUGGGUGCUAGGAGUGUACUUUGAGCCCCAAUACCAUCUUGCUAGAAAAAUAUUGAUGAAAGUGUUUGGCGUGACAUCUGUUUUAGAUGACACUUAUGAUGCGUACGGAACAGUUGAGGAACUUGAGCUCCUUACCAAAGCUAUUGAGAGAUGGGACAUCAACUGCAUAGAUACCCUCCCGGAUUACAUGAAGUUAUGUUAUCGAGCACUUUUGGAUGUCUUUGAGGAAAUUGAGGAAGAGAUGGCCAAGGAGAAAAGAUCAUACCGCGUUUACUAUGCAAAACAAGUGAUGAAAGAUAUAGUCCAAGCAUACUUAGCAGAGGCCAAAUGGAGCCAUGAAGGAUACAUACCAACAAUGAAGGAGUAUAUGCAAGUGGCACUAAUAUCUGCUGGUUACACCAUGCUUACCACAAUAUCCUUUGUUGGCAUGGGAGAUAUUGUAACCAAGGACUCCUUUGAUUGGGUUUUCAGCAAACCCAAGAUUGUCACAGCCUCAUGUGUGAUUUGCAGGCUCAUGGAUGACAUAACUUCCCAUGAGUUUGAGCAAGAGAGAGGGCAUUGUGCCUCUGCAGUUGAAUGUUACAUGAAACAAUAUGGGGCAUCGGAGCAAGAGGCACAUGCUGAGCUUCAAAAGCAAGUGGUGAAUGCAUGGAAGGACAUAAAUGGGGAGUGUCUUAGACCUACUGUUGUGCCAAUGCCACUACUUGCACGUAUUCUUAAUCUUGCCCGAGUGAUUGACCUUAUUUACAAGAGCGAAGAUGGCUAUACGCAUGUUGGAAAACAGAUGAAAGGGCGCAUUGCAUCACUGCUUAUUGAUCCAGUCCUAGUGUGA